AUGAUCUCGAUUCCCGUGCAAAAUGCCUUGACGGCUGAAGCUUUGGGAGCCUUCUCAAUCUCUCCGGACUCUCUGGGACGAGCGCUGUUGGACAGAGUGAGUUCGCAGUGUGCCCUUACCAAGCAGCAGGAGGUCAAAAUGCUUGUCUUGAACAAAGGGCCUUUACUUCUCCAGAGGAGCUUAGAGAGUCAAGGCAUCGUGGAAGGCACGGUGGUGACUUUUGCAGUUCGCCAGAAGAAGGAUGCGGCUGAGAUCCAGAAGGAUCGGAUACGUAUCUCGGGAUGCUUGUCUGGCGAUGGCAGCUAUCGUGAUCUCGUCCGGAAGUUGACCUCUCAUCAGGUGGAGGAGGUCGCUGGAUCUGUGUCUUCCGCCGAAAUUUGUCUACGCCAGUUGCUGUUUGUCGCAGACGACUCACAGCGAUGGAAGUUGCUUGAACUCGCGAGUAGGCGAGGGAUCCUGGACACAAGUGAGGGCAUCCUUGGUGUCAAGGAGCUCAUGGAUUCUAACGUUGAUGUCACCGCGGACUGCAACCAGGGGGCAUUGCAGGUGGCUUUGCAAUGGGCACGUCCGCAGGUUGCAACGGCUUUGUUGGAAGCCGGAUGCACUGCGAAGCAAACAGAUGCUUCUGGAGACACGCCACUUUUGACCGCGGUCAUGGCCAUGUCACAGUCACUUCACACACAGCUUUCUGUUUGCAGUGUGGGUGACCUAACCAACGACGCGAUGCUCGAGGUUGUUGAGCUCAUGCUAAAUCGUAUGUCCAAUUCUUGGAAGAAUCACAUGAAUCGUGCAGGAGAGACAGCGCUGAUUCGCGCAUGUUCAGAAAACAUGCCCAAGCUCUCAAAACUCCUAAUUGCCAGUGGGUGUCAUGUAAAUGCAACGGACUCCAAGGGACGUGCAGCUUUGCACCAUGCUGCAGUGAAGCCAGCAUGCAGUGGUGUUUGUGCUCUUCUGAUCGAUGCAAAAGCCAUCGUGGAUCUAUCUGACUAUUCUACGAGGACGUCCCUGAUGGUUGCAGUCGACAAGGCAAACGCGGAAUGUGUAAAGUUGCUGAUCAGCGCAAGGGCAUCUGUGAGAGGCGCAUGCGCAGCAGAGACCGUAUUCAUGGCUGCUGUAACCAAAUGCAUCGAAUCCGGCAAUGGUGAGAGGCAGCGGAAGGUUCUGAAAUGUUUGAUGGAAGCAGACUUUGAAUUCUUCCAAUCGUGUCAAGAGGAACUGCAGGAGCGCGCCGCUGAGGAGGCAGAUGCUGACAUGUACGAGUUUCUCAGCUCUCGGAAGCGACCUCGGCGUCAAGACCCAGAUGGAAAACAUUGCCCAAGCUUCAACACGGACAUCGGCUUCCCACAUGACCUCGACGACAUCUUCUGGCUGCCCUACAACAUGGCCGUGAUGUUCCCGACAGCUGUGAUGACGUAUCCGUUGAUGACUGUGGUGACUUUGGUGAACAUGGGCACUUCGGCCAUGGUGUUCCAACUGCUGGCACAGCAGGCAACCCUGAUCAGUCUCAACUGGACGGUGAAUGAGACAAUGAAUGCCGAUCGGUACAGCCACAUGUGGGUGAAAGAUGCAUGCGGCACCAGGUCCAAAAAGAGCCCCUUCAACAAGGGCGAUGUGUUGGAUAACUGGAAGGACUUCUGGUGGGGCCGCCAGCGAGCGGACGUCGGGCCCAACUGUCCCGAGCACAUUCGCCAGCUCGCGACGGCCUUGAAGAAGGCCGGUGCGGUGUAG